CGUACAUAAGAUACCCAGCCAGCCAACUCCUAUUUUCCCGUUAUUCCUUCCCUCCCUGUAACCGUAACCGGAAAAGUAAUAUAAAAUAAUAAAAAUGGCGGCGGCGUCUCCGAAGGUGAACUGGCAAUGGGAGAACGCUGUUGCGGGAUCUGCCGCCGGUCUUGCCACCGUCAUCUUUUCACAUCCACUCGACGUCGUCCGUACCAGAUUCCAAGUCAACGAUGGUCAAAGUCAUCAUCUCCCAAACUACAAGAACACUCCUCAGGCUCUCUUCACUAUUGCUCGAUCAGAGGGACUCAGAGGGCUUUAUGCUGGAUUUUAUCCUGCUGUGCUUGGCUCGACUAUCUCUUGGGGUUUAUACUUUUACUUUUAUAGCAAAGCUAAACAAAGGUAUUUGAGCAAUAGAAACGAGCUGACCCCAGGUCUUCACCUUGCUUCAGCUGCAGAAGCAGGAGGUUUGGUGUGUCUUAUUACCAAUCCUGUUUGGCUUGUUAAAACAAGAUUACAACUUCAGACUCCUGGGCAUCAGUCUCGGCCAUAUUCUGGUUUCCAUGAUGCAUUAAAAACUGUAGUGAAAGAUGAAGGAUGGAAGGCAUUAUACAAAGGGCUUGUACCUGGUCUUUAUCUGCAAGUAACUCAUGGAGCUAUUCAGUUUACAGCAUAUGAGGAGCUUCGUAAAGUUCUAGUCAACUUCAGGUCUGAACGAAGCGUGUUGAUUUCUGGUGGUGCUGAGCUCUUGACGACAAUUGAUUAUGCAACUUUAGGAGCUUCUUCUAAAUUGGCUGCCAUUCUGGUGACAUAUCCAUUCCAGGUUAUUCGUGCUCGCUUGCAGCAACGACCGGGUAUUGAUGGAGUUCCAAGAUAUAUGGAUAGCUGGCAUGCCAUGAAGAAAACUGCUCGGUUGGAAGGUCUCCGUGGUUUUUACAAAGGCAUAACUGCAAAUCUUGUGAAAAACCUUCCUUCUGCUUCACUGACUUUCGUUGUGUAUGAGACUAUUCUUAACACACUACAGUUAAGAAGGGUGAAGGAGUGACACAUCUCUAGCCCUCUAUAGAUCACAUUUGCUUCAAAGGAUAGUGUUUUAUUUGUGAAAAUUGUAAAUGGAAACGUUGAGAAAUGUUAUAUGUAUGAUAUCACAAGAAUACAUAAAAGACACAACUUUAGAGCCUAAUUAAGCUAGUUUUUGAAAGAAAGACAAGAUUUGAUCAGAAA